AUGUCGCGUCGGCCCAGGGAUUCAAUUGAAUGCGAGCUCAUGGCCAAGGAGCGCGACGCUCUCGAUGUCAUCCAUGCUGGCCUAAAGAGCCUCGACGACGCACGGGCUGAGGCCCGUGCCCGAUGGAAAGCAGAGAGAGACGCUAAGCGGGCGGCAAAGAAGGCUUACGCGGAGGCUCAUCCUGGCUGGUUCACACGCACGAUGAGGCGUCUAUUCACAUCAGAGUCACGAUCCGACGGUGAUCGGUCUUCGUCCGGUAGUCAGACAGAGUGCAAUGCUCAGGCCGCGUCGUCCAGCACUCUGGAAGUACCCAUGGCAUCGAUGUCGUCUCAGGCCCGGCCGCGCUCUCCUCGACCCUAUUCGAUCGGACCGGAGCUUUCGUAA